AUGCUUACUGGACUCACUCCAUACACCAACUACUCCAUUACAGUAGCUGUAGUGAAUGAGAUGGGAAACGUGGGACCAUAUAGUUACCCCACCACAAAUCAAACUUUGGAAGAUGUUCCAGGUCCAGUAGGUGCAGUCACGGCAUCUCCCUCUUCGUCUCAAGUAACCCUGACAUGGGAGCCACCACUGACGUCUAAUGGAAUAAUCAUAGCAUAUGAGGUUUCCUACAGACAAACAGCUUCCUCAGAGCCUGAGACUAGAGUGAACUCCUCUGCUCUGGCCACUAAUUUCACCACAGAGAGCAACCUUGAGGAGGCCACUGAAUUCAUCUUCUCUGUGAGAGCCUACACCAGAGUGGGACCUGGAAAUGCUACCUCUCUUACUGUGGCUACAUUAGGUGCUGUGUCAAGUCUAACUUUAAUCAAGACCGCUGCAUUACUUGGAAUUGGAAGUGGUGUAGCAUUAAUCGGAUCAUAUUAUUGGAAUUGCCAUUUCCUGACUGUUUUCAAAAGAUCACAUCGCAGAGCCAAGCCAAGAUUGUACACAGAGGUAAUCCAGCCUAUGGUGUAGCUCUGGGUGUGAAUACAAACCAUCAAGAAAGACUGAUUCAUCACCUACCCAUACAGAGGAGCCUGUGUAUGAUACAAUCAGUUGAUUAGCAUAACUUCACCUGUAAUCAUUAAUAGAUCGUAGAAGAGUUACUGUUUCUCUGUGAUUUAGGAAUGCCAUAGUGACUAAAAAGUCUUAUCUGAGAGAAAAUGCCAUGAUAUUCAAGAUAUGUUUGUGUA